UUUCGGGUUUCUCCAUCUACGAUAAGAUUUUUUCUACUAAUCAAUGGUUUACACGAGAUCCAGAUUCACUCACUCAAUUGCCUAAUUACUGCUACCGAAGUGGAUCGUCAUCCAGAACGGAGACUGAAGGCUGCCUAUGCAGCAUACGAAGAGAAAAUGAUGCCCAUCCUGCGCGCGGAGAAUCCCGGAUUACGGAAUUCACAAUUGAAACAAAUGAUUUUUAAAAUGUUCCAGACCGCCCCGGAGAACCCGAAGAAUCAAGCUCACACUACGUACAAUGUGAAGCCAUGA